AGUGAGGCAGAAGUGAAUCCCAAAGCUUACCCCCUGGCUGAUGCACAGCUCACCAAAACGCUACUGGAUCUUGUGCAGCAAUCCUGCAACUAUAAGCAGCUACGCAAGGGAGCCAAUGAAGCCACCAAAACGCUGAACCGAGGGAUAGCGGAGUUCAUUGUGAUGGCGGCAGACGCAGAGCCCUUGGAGAUCAUCCUGCAUCUCCCUCUUCUCUGCGAGGACAAGAACGUACCUUAUGUGUUUGUGCGCUCCAAGCAAGCCCUGGGCCGGGCGUGUGGUGUUUCCCGGCCUGUCAUCGCCUGCUCCAUCACCAUCAAGGAGGGAUCACAGCUAAAGCCUCAGAUCCAGUCUGUCCAGCAAGCUAUAGAAAGACUGUUGGUCUAAAUGCCCAUGAGUUUAAGUGUGUGUGGAAUAGGAAAGUUGAAGUCAGGGGGAAUUAAUGUCUAGCUUCAGUUGAGAUUACAGUUUUGAUAUCAGUGUUUCAUUUCAAAAUGCCACAUUUUAGUUUAAUAAUGGCUUAAUUCUUAGUGUUUCUGUCUCUCCUCCCCCCUCUUUUCUGUUAUUCCACUCCAACAUGUUCAUUCUCAUUGUGUUAAUUCUUGAAAAGUGAUUGUACAACUGUAUUUCCUGUUUGAUGUUUAAAA